UCGCAACUAUUUAUAAUGAUCUUACGGAACCCUCGGUGAGCGACUCUGACUCGCACUUGUCCGGUUUUUUCAUUUAUUCCAGAAACUUUCAAUGACCUUAGCAGGAUGUAGAUAACAGUUAGUAUGCCUAUAAUGAUAUGCUUUUAACGAAACGACCAAGUAGGUAAGUAACAGUACGUACUAAUUGUUCGCAAGCUUAUUUAUUCAUACAUCAUACCCCCUAGUUAGCCCGGCACGGACAGCUUUAUCGUCGGGUCGUCGUGACCCCAGCCCCCGAUCACCCGAGACUGUUGUCUACAACCGAUAACGCCAACUAUAAAUUACCCAAGUUUAUCAGAACACUGCUUAUUUGUAACCAUUCAGUGUUCGAAUCUGUAGCGAGACGCACGCUUCUCUGCUGCCAUCCCAACUGAUUAUCCUUCGGUCUUUAUUUCAAGUUUAUCAGUUUUUCUAAAUGGCUAAAUUCGUGAAUAACUGUGACUUCCUUUCCCCCAACUAGUUCUCAUUUUGUGUUUCGUAAUAUCAAAGGCUUCCCAGCCCUUUGGUUACGUGGACUGUAUUCGUUUAAGAUUCCACUUGUCUGCAUACAUGCAUCAAUUUUUGAACGUGAUCAUCCAAAAAAUGACCAUUACCUUAAUGUACAGAGUGAACCCGAUUUACUAUUCCGACUACUCAGAUACGAUCUAGGGCUACAUCUGAAACUAUUUCAGAUAAAAUAUUGUUUUUGCCAUUGGCUCUAUCAUUUCGAAUACUACAAAUUCGGAGUCUAUCCAAAAGACAUCACUUGACUAUUGCUAUUUUAAAGUUACCAGAAAGGCUACUUUGAGAAAAUGGACAUCGUUGCUAACUACCACCCGGUGUUCAAAGCGUUCCUGGCGGGUUCGUUUUCGGGCACGUUCAGUACGAUACUGUUCCAACCCUUGGACUUGGUGAAGACCAGGCUGCAGAACCCAGGGCAUCAUGUUGUUGCGGCAGUCAACAGCCGAAUCCAACCCGGCAUGAUCACGAUAUUCGUGAACAUAGUGCGCCAGGAGCAGAUAGUGGGGCUGUGGCGCGGCAUGGUGCCGUCGGUGGCGCGCUGCGUGCCCGGCGUGGGGCUGUACUUCUCCUCGCUGCACUGGCUGAAGAGCAAGCGAGGCAAAGGCCGCCAGGAGCUAGGCGCCAUGGAGGCGGUCGCGCUGGGCGUUGUUGCCAGGACUAUGAGCGGUGUCGCGUUGAUACCUAUCACUGUCAUUAAAACCAGAUACGAGUCAGGAGUGUACAAAUACAACAGUCUGGGCGGUGCUCUGAAGGCGAUAUACAAGGCGGAAGGCAUCCGAGGCCUAUCCUGCGGCCUGGGGCCCACUCUGGCGAGGGACGCGCCCUUCUCGGGGCUCUACCUUAUGUUUUACUCGCAGACUAAACAGGCUGUUCCGAAAGAAUACCUGCAGUCGCCGGCGACGGCCAGCUUGGUGCACUUCUCGUGCGGCAUAGUGGCCGGCAUCGCCGCCUCGCUCGCCACCAACCCGGCCGACGUGCUGAAGACCAACAUGCAGCUGUACCCCGACAAGUUCCCAAGCGCCUUCAGCGCCGCCGUCUAUGUGCAACAGACAUACGGUUUAAAAGGAUACUUCAAAGGCGCAGUACCGCGAAUGCUCCGCAGGACUCUUAUGGCGGCAAUGGCUUGGACAGUGUUUGAAGAAAUAACUCGUUCCAUCGGGUUGAAAUAGUCGAGUAUCAAGCAAGUGAAUGCAAUGUUUGAUAUGAAUAAUCUACCAUUGCUUGGGCUGUCUAGGCCCAUAGAUAAAAUGAUGUAGCUAGAAGAGUUAAGAUUUAUUUAUCUCGUUUUUAAUUUUUAAAAAAUCUCGAAAUUUAGUGACAUAUGUCUUAAUUACGUGAAACUGUUAAUAGCUUUUUCAGACUAGUUUAGAUUGAUAAUUUUCUCCAACUUGCCAGGAAUAUCUAAAUCAGGAAUAAUGUGAAGACUAAUCGACAAAUUUUAAAUGGAUAACAGUUUAGUUAACUACCGAAUAUUCGGCCAACCUUCUAGCCGGAUACUCUGAUAUUCGACCAACCUUCUAGCCGAAUAUCCUGAUAUUCAACCAACCUUCUAGCUGGAUAUCGGGAUAUUUGACUAACUUUCUAGCUGGAUAUCCAGAUAUUCGACCAAUUUUCUAGCUGGAUAUCCAGAUAUUCCAUCAACCUUCCAGCCGAAUAUCCAGAUAUUCGACCAACCUUCUAGUUGGAUAUCCAGCUAUUCGGCCGCCAAUGUCCGACGAAACAUUGCCAUAAUUCUAGUUGUCGAAUUAAUAUUAGUAAUUUGUAAUAUUAUGAUUACUAAUUUUAUUUCUCAAUUAAUUAAUCACAUAAAAUAUGUAUUUUUGAAUCCGUGUUUUGCCAGACAGGCUGUAGUUAUUCAAUAUUGUAUCAUCUGGCCAGAUAUAUGUCCGUCCGUCCGAAUAUCCGUUUCAGCUCUACUAAACGAUAGAAUUGUAAGAAGAAUGAUAAAUAUAUGUAAAACUUUUGUAAAUUAUUUAAAAAGACCUAUUGUAAAUAUUCACUAGUAUGUUGAAGUUUUAAUGAAACUUUCUUUCACAUGAAAUGUUCCAGCAAUGACUGUUCUUUGGGAAAAAACAUCUGAUUUCCAAAACGGACGGUUCUGUCUGGCUGUGUCAUUGACCUCUUAUGAUAAAAGGACGCACAAUCAUGUAAAAAAUUUCACUUGAAAACUGGCCAAUUUUGCUUUGACAAUUUCUGAAUUAUUGGUAAAGAAAAUUAUACCUAAAGGCCUUUAAAUAUAGUUCAAUAUUCAAUAUCCCAAAUUCAUCCUUAAGCAUUGAGUUUUAGGUUGAAUUUUCAAAUGUGACUACUUGUACUGAGUGCCAAGAAGUUGUGCUUGGCACUCAUUGAGUGGGGACGUUUUUUGGUCGCUGAUUGUGCAUCCACUUUUUAAUAGGAGAUUGAUGGGCUUUGUGUCUGUUUUUUAUAAUAAUUAUGUAUUCUGGCAUUUUGGAAGAAAAAUAUUGAAUGACAAUUGCUCAAAGAGCAUUAGUUGUAUUGGUUAAAGUGUUCCUUUAUCUAUGUUGGUUUUGUUAUCUAUAUUUGUAAUUGUCCUAUUUUAUUUAUGUAGUUUACUUUUAUCUUUGUUUAAUGUAUUUUUUCUGUUAUUCAUAUCGAGUUUAAACAUCGUGUAGUUUUAGUAUAGUAUGAUGCUUUUAGCACAAAUUAUUAUGAAUGUAUAUUUUGCUAUAAUAGUAUAGUGAUUAGGGUAAUAAUGUGAUAUAUUGUUAAUAAAUUAAUAUUCAAAAUACA